AUAUACUUUUAUAUAAAAACACAAACUGAAACCCUCAAUUUUUGAAUUGAGGUCUCCAUUUCCGAACCUUGAAGUUCCUGCAAAUCAAGAGAAGAAGAAGAAUACGAAGAUGGCAUCCAUUUCCGCUUCCAUUUCUACCUCCUCACCUUCAUUCUCUCUUCUCCAAAAACCUUCAAUCACUACCCGCAGUUCCCCCAUUCUCGGGUUGCCAUCAAUGAGCAAGAUGGGAAAAGUGAGGUGCUCCAUGGAAGGAAAGCCAACUCUCGCAUCCAAUGAUGUUCCACACAAAUUGAGUUUGGGUGCAUCAUCAUUGAUGGCUGCAGCUGUAGCUGCAACCAUGUCGAGCCCAGCUGCCAUGGCGCUAGUAGACGAAAGAAUGAGCACAGAAGGAACUGGGCUACCCUUUGGUCUAAGCAACAACCUUCUCGGGUGGAUCCUUUUUGGCGUCUUUGGUUUGAUUUGGACACUUUACUUUGUGUACACCGGUAGCCUUGACGAGGAUGAGGAGUCUGGUUUAUCCCUUUAAACUUUCUUCCCUAAAUUGACAAUGUGCCUAUUGUGAUGGACUUAUGUGUAAUAUUAUUCAUGUAUCCUCUCUGUACACUUUGAUUGUGGAGUAUUUGUGUUUAUGAAAAUUGCACUUUUGUCCUUGUA